UGAUCAUGUUUGACCUCAGAAAUAUUUUAUUUUAUUUUAUUUUUUUCCCUCACUGGUCCUUUAAGGCUUAUCAGCUUCUACACAGGGUUCUACAAAAAAAGCCCUUUUGGACAGUUCUCCAUUCUUCAAGAUUUCUUUGCAACUCUUAGAUGUUCUUCAGAGGUUCUUUAAGCUCGCUGGAUAAUUAAGGGUCCUGAGCUUCCAUAACAAGAGUUGAAUUGUUUUCUGGCAGGAAAACAUUUUGUUGUAAGGUUCUAGAUAGACCCUUUAGGAGCCCCCCCCACACACACACACACACAUAUAUACCCAGUUAAUAAAUACACGCUUAGAGCAAAAGUUUCUCCAAAGGUUUUGUAGAGGUUUAUUGACUUUACUGCUCAAAAAAGUUCCUAUUUGCAAAAAAAAAACAACUCAGAUGUAGGGUUCUAAAUCCUUUCUAAGGGUUCUUUAGUGCUUUAUUGGAUAACUAAGGAUUCUCAGCUUCCCGAAAAGGCUUCUGCUUGGAUUUCUUUCUGAUGUGUAGAGAUGAGAGUUGAAGGUUCCCCCACAUGCUUCCAUACACUCUUAGAGGGGAAAGGGGGGUUCCUGAAGGGUUCUCUGGACUCUUAGCUUCUAGAACAUGUCGCUAUGUGGAACCUUUUUCAGAUAAACUCUCACUCUUUAGGUUCUACAUUCUUCUUUGCAAUAAGUACAGGUUCUUUCUGAUGAUUAAAACAUCUCCAAGAGUUCUCCAAAGGGUUCUUUAAGGGUUCUCUGGAUUCUUUUCUUUUUUUUGGUCUUGUAGUGGAAGGAAAACACUUUGUUGUAGCGAUGCAGUGAAAAGUAGUGUGUGAAUGUAAUGCAUUAUCUCUUAUACAGUUGUAUAUUUUUUUGACAUGACACAAUCCACACAGUGAUAAGAACCUGUGGGGGAUUUCCAGAAAUUCAGAGCUGUCUGAAAUGAGUUCACAAAUUUCUUGUAGAAUUGAAAGUCACUAUGAAAGUCAUUAAGAAUGAGAGCGGCAGCUGUAACGGCUUCUUAUCAGAGUUGUUUUCUUCGUGUUUUACGAUUAAAAAUGAUUCCAGACCUAAAGUCUAAAUGGAGUGUUACAGCUUGAUGUAGAGCUGAUCUCGGAUCAGAUCUGUAGAUCCUCCACUAGUGUCUAUCUCUCUGAUCCGAGAUUAGCACUGCACAGCAUUCUGAUGAAUUUUAUAUACACAUCGCAUCAUUGUGAUGGAAACAAACUUCCCAUUUCUCCCUUUACAUCCGAUUUCUAGUCUGAAAAAAAAAAAAGUGAAGUGAGAUAGAGCCGUCCUCUUCGGCGUAUCUGCGUACGUCUCUGAUUUGGGAAAAGCACAUGUGAAACUGUCCAUCCAUUACACACACAGGAGAUUAUUAUCGAUGCUUUGGUGCAAAUUGCUUUUUCGGCCCUUUCUUUUAACCAGACAGUCUGGAUGUUUGGAGAAGGUCCUGGAUGCUUCGUGGUAAUCCUAUGAAGGACGCCGGCGCUCUCGUGGAAUCAUGGUGCCUUUCCAAGAGGUUCUAUCUGAGGUCAGGAAGGUUCUGCAGGAGGCAAAGCUCCUUCCUUCACUCCUUACCCAGCUUGUGGAGGCUCAGAUCUUCUCGGCUCAGUACUACCAGAGCUUUUUUGCUGAGAAUCUGAGUGAUGCGGAUGUGGACGUAGACGAUUUGGCCAGGAGACUCGCUCUUCCCGUUUGGGAGAAGUGGGAUGCCAGCAAAGUGAUCUUCUCCUCAGUGCUCAUGGAGAAUGAGCCGGAGAACCCUGAACCUGAAGACAUCAUGACCAAUGUGGAUCAAGGGGAAACCCCUCCUGAUCGGUUAUUGGACCUCAUCGUGUCCACUCCGAUUGAAGAUUUUCCAUUUGAAGAGUUUCUCGACACAAGUUACUCAGAAGAUGUCUGGGACGCAAUCCCAGAUGGAUCAGACGAUAAAGCCACACUGGUAUGUGAAGUUUACGAGAAGAUUUCCCCUGGCAGAAAAGCACAGAAAAGGAAGCGUAGAGCAGUGGAUGAGAGAGCAUCAGAGAAAACUCCUCGCUCUAAACGCAGUAAACGAGGUCUCAUCCCUCCAUCACCCCCCAAGAGCUCUGAAACAGCCCCAGGGUUCAACACUUCUGUACAGGAAGGGGAUUUCCAUCUAACCGGCAUGUCCUCGUUUUUACACCUCCCCUUAACGAUUGCCACCACUGCCUCCCUGAUGCCCUCUGGUGCGCCAGCAAUGCAGAUCAUUCAAACAUUCAAUCCUCUUUCUUCUCCGGUCAUUAAAAGUAUUCUGCCAGUUGGACACACCUAUGUGUUGGUUUCACCUCAAUCUCUAGCUCCAGUGCCGUUGCCACAGAUCGCCCCUCUGUCACCUCUGGACGGUACAGUGGCUCCUUUAGAGCUCAGCAUGUCCAUUCAGCCUGUAAGCUCGUUAUCGGACAGUGCGAGUAGGAGUCAGUCUCCAUCCCAAACAGCUCCAGUUUCACCCUCAAAAGACAAAUCACCCUCCAAAGAUCUUCCUGCAACCCAGGAGAUCAAGAAGAUUCCAGUGAUACCAAAGAACAUUCAAGACUUUAUCGAGCGUUUGAAAUCACACCUUGGAGAAACGUGUAGUAUGAUGCAAGGAGGAAUGAGCAUGGAGUCACACUACAUAGACACGCCGCUGGUGCAGAGGAAGCUGAUAAUCAGGACUGGAAAGAAUGCAAACAAAUGCUUAGAGAAGGAACUUGUGGUGCUCAGUGACUCGGAGCGAAAGAAAGCCAUGAUGCACAGGAGCCAUGUUUUCCAAAACUGUGCAUCCAAUAACAAGCACCUAAUCACCGUCCUUGCGAAAGCCGGCAUGGGAAAAAGCACUUUCGUCCAGCGUUUGGCCUUGGACUGGUCCAGCGGUGGCCUUCAGCAGUUCCAGUUUAUCUUUCUACUGAAUUGCAAGCUUCUCAAUCUGACUCAGAGCAGCUUCAGUCUGAAGAGUCUGCUUUUCGAUUCUUCCACGUCUCCCCAGUGUGACGAUGGGGAGGCCGUCUUCAAACAUGUGCUCGCCUUCCCAGAGAACGUUCUUGUAGUUUUUGACAGUUUCGAUGAAAUGAAAGACCUCGAAGGUCUUCUUCAGUCCCCUGCUACCUCAGCAACGGAUGGCAACUACAGUAUCAGGCAGCUGUUCUCUGGUUUGUUCCAGAAAAAGAUUCUGUCAGGGUGUACUGUUUUGAUCGUCACCCGACCCAAAGAUGUCCUGAAUCAGCUGCUGCGUAAAGUAGACAGUAUCCUGGAGUUAUCUUGCUUUUCUCCGAAGGACAUAGAAACGUACGUCUCUAACUAUUUUGAGGACGCUUCGGAGAAAGAGGACGCACUAAGAAAAAUCCAAAACCAAAAGUACAUUUUCAGCUUGUGCUCGAACCCUUUGCUGUGUCGUUUUACCUGCUAUUUGGCGGAGCAUCAAAAAAGCAGUGGUUUGCCAUCGACUCUAACGGAUUUAUACCAGAGAGUGCUGGGCCAGUAUCUAGAGCAGAAUGAUGACCUUCAGGGAUCCAAACAGGAACUUGUGCAGUUGUGUAACGUGGCAUGGGAUGGGUUUAAGACUCAGAACUCCCUUUUAAACCAAAAACAAAACCAAAACCUGGUAGACUACGGACUCAACUCUGGGAUUCUUUUAACACACACAGGAAGGGAAGAACCAGACAACAGCCAGGUCACUUAUUUUGCUAAUCUUUUUGUGCAGAACUUUCUAAGUGCCCUGCUUUUGGUACAUUCCAGUGAACUGAGCGAUAAAACGCUUCUGGCUCAGACCACGCUCCACCAACGGAAAAAAAAGGUUCAUGGAGAAUGGCAGGAUGUGCUUCAGCGGUACACAAUGGGAUUACUUUUUCAGAAAAACACACCUUCCUGCUGUAGGGUUUUCCAGAGCAGUACUGACCUCCAGGCUAAAAGAAAAACAGUGGAAGUCCAUUUGGAAAACCUGAAGCCGGGCGAGCUGAUUCCCAGCAGGUUACUGGAACUGUUUCACUGUGUGUACGAGGCCAGAAAUGUCAAACUGGCCAAACUUCUGGUCAAAAACCUUCCAGAUAAUCUGUCGUUUUGUGGAGCUCAGCUCUCUCCAGUGGACCUCCAUGUUGUUUGGCAUCUUCUUUCACAAACCAAAGGACUGAAACGGACGUUUUCCCUCGACUUGAGGGACACAUGCGUUCCCCUCAGUGGUCUCAAAGAGCUGGUCGCACUGGACUUUGUCACAUCGUUCCGGGCCCCUACAAUGGACACCAUUAACCUGUGGAAGGACUUGCAUCGCAGCUGCGAUCAACUGAGUUUGAAAAGUGCUAUUGAAAAGUUUACGAUAAAUCCUCUGAAGGUGUCGCAGGUGUCUCAUGUGGAGAACCUGUUCGUUCUUGUACAAAUCCACAAUGAGAAGAAGCUGCCCUUAUGCGAGGCCGAGCCGGCUCUGGAGGACGGCGUCCCGGCAGUGAGAUAUCUUCAGAAGCUGGAGUAUGAACUCGGCCAGCAGCACAACCCUGAGGUUUUUCUCCAGCUGGUGAAGAUCUUGCCUGCUCUUCAGUCUCUCCAUCACCUGGAUCUGGAGAAUAAUAAGAUGGGAGAUGUUGAAGCUGAACAUCUGGCCGGUGUCCUGAGCUCACUGGCGUCUCUCAAGCUGCUCAAUCUUUCUCAGAACUGCAUCGGAGAUGGUGGAGUGCGGAGACUGUCACAGGCCCUGGCAUCCGCGUCCUCGCUGCAGAGCCUCAGCCUGUACGGAAACGUGAUCGGAGACAGCGGAGCUGAGAGCCUGGCCUCGGUUUUACCGCUCAUGACGUCUCUGCUGGACCUGGAUGUAAAGUACAACAAGUUCACAGACGUCGGAGCCAAAAAGUUGAGUGCUGCGUUAAAGAACUCGACCAGUGUGAAGUCUCUACAAAUGUGGAACGACUGUGUUCCCUACGGUGUUUUGGAGCAUCUUCAGAUUCAAGACUGCAGAAUAAAAGCUCUUUAAUUUCAAAUAAAGUAAAGAAACACUGCUGCUGCUGACCCUCUGUCCUCCAGACACACACAGGUGACCCUGUGCUCUCGCCUCCUUAGUAAAGACACUAAUGUCCCACGGUGCCUUCACUUUUACGUUGCAAUAUUUCUCUUUUUGUUAUAAGCUACUGUCUAAUAAAGGACUUUUAUUUUAUAAAGAAAUAAAUCAGGUGAGUUCUAAUUAUUGUGUUUUUUAAAAUAGAAGUGAAAGGAAUAUUUGUGGAGUGUGUGUGUGUGUUAGUGUGUGUGUGUUAGUGUGAGUGAGAUUGUGUGUUAGUAUGUGUGUUUUAGUGUGUGUGUUAGUGUGUGUGUGUUAGUGUGAGUGAGAUUGUGUGUUAGUGUGUGUGUGUGUGUGAGUUAGUGUGAG